CCACAGUAGCUGUAACUCAAAUCCUUUCCUCCUUCAGAGACAGGCAAAGACAGUUUUCCUUCAGAGAAAGUUAAAAAAAAAAAAAACACACACACACACACACAAACACAAACACACAACAAAACAAAAACAAAACCAACCAGACUGAUCGCAGCUCUUUGCAACCCCACUUUGGAAAUCACCGAGAUCACAGUGACGGUCCAGCUGCCUGCCCUUACGUAUCCGUUUACUGCUUUCAAAUAGGCCGCCUUCCUUCAUACCCAAUCAGAGCGCUCGAUACUUGGCCGCCGCCCAAUGAGCGAGAAGAAUGGGGUGGGUGAGGAAAGAGGGCGUGAAGCCCAAUUGCAGCGCCAUUACACUUUAGGGCAAAGAGGUUAGGAAGCCGGCAUGGCGCUCCGGUCAAUAAAAUCGAUAGCUGGAAACUGCCUGUGUUUCAGGCAAAGGCGGUGCGGUGGCAGCGCCGCCAUUUUCCCCAAAGGCAUCUUCCAGUGCCUUUCACCCAAGUUCAGGCAAGAGUUUUAUGAAUAACAGCGAGGUUUCUGUUAGCCCCAAAGGCGGCCGGCUCCGAUCCCCUCCAGGGCUCCCAGCCACGCUCUGCCCUCGGCCGGCGGGGCUCCUCAGUCUCGGGGUCCAAUGGCGCCGCCUUCAGCCCCACUCCCCGCCCGGGGACCAGGCCGGGCCGGGCCGAGCCAGAGAAGGGGACGAAGGCCAAGGGCCCUGAAGUUCGCGGACGUGGCCGUGUACUUCUCCCCGGAGGAGUGGGGGUGUCUGCGGCCCGCGCAGAGGACCCUGUACCGGGAUGUGAUGCGCGAGACCUACGGCCACUUAGGCGCGCUCGGAUGCGCAGGUCCCAAGCCAGCUCUCAUCUCCUGGUUGGAGCGAAACACUGAUGAUUGGGAACCGGCUGCCCUAGACCCGCAGGAGUACCCAAGAGGGGUAACAGUCCAGAGAAAAACCAGAACCAGAAAGAAAACUGGGGAGAAGGAAGCAUUCCCACCUAAGGAGCCACCCCGAAAGGGGAAGCGUGGGCGGAGGCCCAGCAAGCCCCGGCUGAUCCCUAGGCAGACGUCUGGUGGGCCCAUCUGCCCUGACUGUGGCUGUACCUUUCCUGACCGCCCAGCCCUGGAGAGCCACAAGUGUGCUCAGAAUCUGAAAAAGCCUUACCCUUGCCCGGACUGUGGGCGCCGCUUCUCCUACCCAUCCUUGCUGGUCAGUCACCGACGGGCACACUCCGGCGAGUGCCCCUACGCCUGUGACCAGUGCGGCAAACGCUUCUCCCAGCGCAAGAACCUUUCUCAGCACCAGGUGAUCCACACCGGCGAGAAGCCCUACCACUGCCCGGACUGUGGCCGCUGCUUCCGCAGGAGCCGCUCCCUGGCCAAUCACCGGACCACACACACGGGCGAGAAGCCCCACCAGUGUCCCAGCUGCGGGCGCCGCUUCGCCUACCCGUCCCUGCUGGCCAUCCACCAGCGCACGCACACCGGAGAGAAGCCCUACACCUGCCUGGAGUGCAGCCGCCGCUUCCGCCAGCGCACAGCCCUGGUCAUCCACCAGCGCAUCCACACGGGUGAGAAGCCCUACCCGUGUCCCGAAUGCGAGCGGCGCUUCUCCUCCUCCUCCCGCCUGGUCAGCCACCGGCGCGUGCACUCGGGCGAGCGGCCCUAUGCCUGCGAGCACUGCGAAGCCCGCUUCUCCCAGCGCAGCACGCUGCUCCAGCACCAGCUCCUGCACACCGGGGAGAAGCCCUAUCCCUGCCCCGACUGUGGCCGUGCCUUCCGGCGGAGCGGCUCCCUCGCCAUCCAUCGUAGCACGCAUACAGAGGAGAAGCUGCACGCCUGCGAGGACUGCGGCCGCCGCUUCGCCUACCCCUCGCUGCUGGCCAGCCACCGGCGCGUGCACUCGGGCGAGCGGCCCUAUGCUUGUGACCUUUGCUCCAAGCGCUUUGCCCAGUGGAGCCACCUGGCUCAGCACCAGCUCCUGCACACGGGGGAGAAGCCCUUCCCCUGCCUUGAGUGCGGCAGGUGCUUCCGCCAGAGGUGGUCUCUGGCAGUCCACAAGUGUAGCCCAAAGGGCAAAAACUGUAACCUUCCAUCUACUCCCGGGGCCGGCAGCCACAGGGGCAACACCCCGUAGAAUGGAAAGAAUGUUACGUUCCCUUCCUUUCCGAGGAGGGCCCAGAAAAGGGAAGGAGGGACCCUAAGGCAUGUAGUACAGUCUGGACUAAAAGCCAGGCCCCUGCUCCACACACCUGUCUUUAGUGUCGUCCUCCACACUGGCUGCCUUACUGUGCAAGUCUAGAGUAGUCCCAUGAGGAGAGGUGACAUUGUUUGGUUCAAGUUUUCCAAGCUCCGUUGUCCUAAAAUAUGUCUGUGGACAUGAGGGCCAAGAGUUUGCCCCGUCUAUAUUAGGAUCCACGUAGCUUUCCAGUCUGUGCAUAGGAGGGUUAUCUGCCUCCUUGCAUGUAGGCAGGAAAAUCCCACUGUGGGGGGCAGGACCUUCCCUUCUCUGGCUCUUCCUCCAAGCCAGCCUUAAGCUGGUUUGGUCUAUUUUUUACAACAUUCUUGCCACAUGAUCUACUGCUUGCUUGAAAGUGGCCCUCAACAGGGGCUCACCAUUUCACAAUGCAGGUCAUGUCACUUGUGGGACAGUGCUGCUCUUCCGCCGGAUAAGUACCACACUCUCAUGCUCUGUAAACCCGGCCUGGGUUAUGUUUAAUACUUCAUCUAUGUGGCAGCCUUUCUGCCCUCAAGUUUCCUGGAUAAAGAGCAUUAAUUUGGUCAGUCUUUUCUUUUUGGAGAGGGCAUGCCCAAGGUGGUCUUUAGCCAAAACUCCUUCCUCAGCCUCCUAAAUAGCAGGGCUGAGGUGUGCACUGCACCUGGCUCUGGUCACUCACUUUUUUUUUGUGGCUGGCUCAGUCCACCCUGGGGGUGGGGCUGGCAUGGCAUGUGUUACUGGGGAUGGAACCAUGGUUCUAAGCAGGCUUACCUAACUGGUUAAGACAAGAUUUCAAUUGGAGAGGGAUGUGAGCUUCUCUAAGCAGGCACUUUCUAGUGUGUCUUUUAAAGGCUCACACAAUUGGGGCCGGGGAGAUGGCUCAGUGGAAUAAGCACUUGCCUGGCAAGCGCAGGGGCCUGAGUUCAAUCCCCAGUAUGAGACCGGCUUAUUGUACUGUAUUUCAUGGGGUGGAUUUGGACUGAUUCCAGGUGUGUAGUGGCAGGAGAAUCCUUA